AUGAUAUUUGAUUAUCUGUUCCUCAUUCGUAAAGAUUACACAAAUGAGACUCGCUUGCCUGCCGCCGCUCGUCCCAAAGAAAGCGUCUGCAUUCUCCCGGGCGGCGGGACGAAGGACCCCGGGAGGGACGAAGACGAUGAUGAAGACGGAGCAGAACGGCAGCCGAGAAAAGGCGCCGUAAUGGGAAGCGAGAGAGCGAGCGCCCUGUCUGGCUCGCAGGCAACAGCUUUAUCAUCAACGCAAUUUCCCGGUAAUCCGGGGCGGCUGCCGGGCUCCGCCUGGAGGCCCCCCCACACCCCCGCGCUGCCCCCGUUAGCGGCGGCGGUGACAUGUGAGUACACCGAGAUACAAAAGGAGGAAAGAAAUAAGCGCGGCGAGGCCCGAUCAUCUCAUAAUAUACAUUUAGAUGGUGACGAUAACUCAAGUGAAGGGCAGCGAGCGCGGCGAGGCACCCGGCGCUCGUACGUCACGGUUCCCUUUGUGCAUACCCGAGUCAAGCUGUGCGUCUUGUGCUCCUGGAUCUUCCCUGUCUCCCUGGUGAUCCAGACAGUCAGCGCCGUGGACAGAGACGACCCCGUCCAGGGACACUACUUUGAGUACCGCCUGGUGCCGGAGAUGCUCAACAAUCCCAACUUCACCAUCAAGAACAACCAAGACAAUUCCAUCAGCGUCCUGGCCAAGCACGACACCUUCCGCCGGCAGAAGCAGGAGAUGUACUUCCUGCCCAUCAUCGUGACGGACAACGGCAGCCCGCCCAUGAGCAGCACCAACACGCUGACCAUCCGCGUGUGCGGCUGCAGCAAGGACGGCGUGGUGCAGUCCUGCAACGUGGAGGCCUACGUGCUGCCCAUCGGCCUCAGCAUGGGCGCCCUCAUCGCCAUCCUGGCCUGCAUCAUCCUGCUCCUAGUAAUAGUGGUGCUCUUCGUCACGCUGCGGCGGCACAAGAACGAGCCGCUCAUCAUCAAGGACGACGAGGACGUGCGCGAGAACAUCAUCCGCUACGACGACGAGGGCGGCGGCGAGGAGGACACGGAGGCCUUCGACAUCGCCACGCUGCAGAACCCGGACGGCGUCAGCGGCUACCUGCCGCGCAAGGACAUCAAGCCCGACCUACAGUUCAUGCCGCGCGCCGGCCACCACUCGGGCCCCAACGGCGUGGACGUGGACGAGUUCAUCAACGUGCGCCUCCACGAGGCCGACCACGACGCCACGGCGCCGCCGUACGACUCCAUCCAGAUCUACGGCUACGAGGGCCGGGGCUCGGCGGCCGGCUCGCUCAGCUCGCUGGAGACGGCCUCGUCCGACUCGGACCAGAACUACGACUACCUGCGGGAGUGGGGGCCGCGCUUCAGGAGACUCGGGGAGCUCUACUCGGUGGGCGAGAGCGAGCGCGAGACCUGACGGCGGCCGCGCCCUUCCUCCCUGUGCCGCCGCCGCCUCGCGAGCUUUUAGAACCGGGCCGUCGGAAAAGACGUCCCGGUUUCUUUUCUACCCCUUCCUUUUAGCGCGUCGCCAUCGUCUUCGUCCCGCCAUCUUUACUCGGACUUUCUCGUGGGCUGUAGCUUAGAUUCCGUGGUGGUGUUUUGGGUGUUAGUCGUCAACAGCGGGACUUCCGGAGACUUCCGGAGACUUCCGGAGACACGUGACUUGUGGGGGCCGACGCCACACACAGCAAUACUUGGGCGACAUCACUUCGAUGAAUGUACGUUGGCUUUGGCGCUCAACUUCUUUUUGGUGCCCACAUUUAUAAACUCUCUCUCUGUCUCUCUCUCUCUCUCUCUCUCUCGCUCUCUCUCUCUCUCUCUCUCUCUCUCUCUCUCUCUCUCUCUCUCUCUCUCGCUCUCUCUCUCUCGCUUUAUACGACGCCUCUUUGUACACCUGUGCCGGCCCACAAGAGACCAGGUGGGGACUCGCACUCUCAAAGACCACCAAUGUAGAAACUCUCGAGGCCUUCUUUUUACAGAAGCAAGUUCAACACAAUUGUAAUCCACUUGUUUUUUUUUUUCUAUUCUAGAUCCGCUCUUGAAUACCGCACUGACCCCCACACCAGACUUGAGUUUUCUCUAAAAAAAAAAAAAAAGAUACCGACACAUUGUCAACAACACCCGAGUACCACCGUAAUGGCCAAGGUGGGGGAUAGGGUAGGGCAGUAGGCCGGAGUAUUCGUCAAGAACAAACCUUACGCACGGUUUUGAACGGUCACACCGUGUUCAGGUCAUUAUUUGGCGCCCACGUGACGUACCACUGUUUGACCAUCGCUUCACGACAAUAAUGGCCUGAGAGAUAUUGUGUCGGCCAACAACAACGGAAGAGUGGUGAGUGUAAAUCUUUGGAAAGCUAACGAUUCGAUUCCGGUCCGAUUCCCGGGGGUGACGAUUCGAUUCAGAAUGGAUUCGCGAUUCAAGCUGAUUCUUGCAAUGUAUUAUUCGGUAUAAUUAUUAUAAUACCAUUUUUUCAAAACAAGUUAAAAAAGCUCCUUAUAAUGAUUGCAUGGAGAUGGCCUAAAAUGGAUUA